CCGGCUGCAGCGGAGGCGCGCCAUCUGUGUAUUUUGUGCCUUGGUGGUCUGCACGAUGACAAUGUAGCGGUCGACACUGAUGCAGGGAGUGCAAAAGCUCAGACAUGACGUCAGGCCGAAGAGGAAGAAGAAGCAGCAACGGAUGUAAACAGCGGCUUCUCGGUGUUUGAGCAUCAAACACCUGCAGGGAUCCCGGGUCAAAGGCUCCACCUGUAGGCAGAAACAGUGCAAUCAGAGCAGAGAAAGCUGAUGCCAUGGUGAUGUUGUCAAUGAAGCAGCGGUACCGUGACAUCAGCCCUGUAACCCUGCAGGUGGUGGGUGGGGCUAUGAGCUCCAGUUUGUACUGUGGGGAGGUGGAGGGACUGUCAGGGGGGCUGGUGGAGUCCUUCCUGGUGGAACUUUAUCGCUGUAAACUCUGUCAGUUCACCUGUGGCCUCAAGACUGCCAUCAGCAGCCACCUGCUGCUCAGGCACCGCCCCCCCACCCUCACCUACCUGGGGGAGGCUGACAGAAGGGGUAUGGCAAAGGGCAGAGAGGAGGCCGGGCUCCAGCAAGGGGCCUCACCAUAUCAUCUGGAUCUGAAUGUAGAGUCAAAGCAGAGUGAUGAGGAUGAGGAGUUCCUGCUCUACAACAUGCUGGACAACAUGAGCCCGCCCACCUGUGACAUUAGCACCGAGGGGGGGCUGCAGGUCGCACACACCUGUGAGGUCAGCACUCUGUUUGAGGAGGAGGAGGAGACCUCCAUAUUCCCUCUGAAGGGGGGUUCAGUGGACCUGUCCUGCCCUAUUGCCCCCCACACCACCCAGGAGGAGAUGGCUCAGUCCGCUCACCUAAUGAGUCUGGGACUGUGUCGCAUCUCAGCUGCCAAACCUCCUGCUCCUGCUCCCACUGCCUCCUGCCAAUCCAUCCAACACCUCCCUCCACCUGCAGACCCCCCUCGUCUGUCAGAGAAUGGCACAGAGGCAUGGAAGACUUCACCCUCCAGCAGACGUAGGCUGCCGUGUCUCCUGUGUCCUCUGACACUGACGACCAGGCGGCUGCUGGAUGUCCAUGUCCGGUCUCACCGAGAGGCCGGUGGAUUCAGCUGCAUCUGCUGCAGCUGGAUGGCUGACAGCUGGGAGGAGCUGGAGCCUCACUGGAGGAGCCACUGCAGGAGGAGGAGGAGGAGGAGGAGGAGGAGGACGAGGACAAGGGAGGAGCAGAAGCAGAAAGAGGAGAAGAAGGAGGGGGAGGCACCAGCAUGGAGGCCGUUCAGCUGGCCGAUGUGUGUGAGAACAUUCAGGAAUGCUGCGUCACGAAACACUCAUCAACACAAUGGAUGGAGGGGCCGGCUGACUGGAGGAGUAGGAAGGAAGAAGGUGGAACAUAGAGCUGGUCUGACCAGUAGAUGUCUGACGGGUUCAGUGCAGCACGUUACAGAGAAGAAGGAGAACACCAGAAGGAAAAAAAAGAAGGAAGAAGAGGGGAAGGAGUUUGAGGAGAUGUCUGCAGAGAUCAGAGACCAGAUGGGUUUGUGCUGUUCACUGUGUCACAGGAAGUUCUCCUCUAAGCUGACUCUGAGGCGUCACCUAGGUGUGCACAGUGGAGAGAAGCCAUUCACCUGUACUCACUGUUCCUACAGCAGCAGACUGAAGGCCUCACUUCUGCAACACCUGAGGACUCAUACAGGUGAGAAGCCGUACAGGUGUGCUCAGUGUCCGUAUGCCUCUAUCGAUCGCAGCUCUCUGCUCAGACACUGCAGAACUCACAGUCAGGAGAAACCGUACAGGUGUCAGCACUGUGACUAUAGCAGUAUCCAGAAGAAGAGCUUGGACCUCCAUGCUCGCCGUCACCACACAGGUGAGGCCUUUCCGUGCCAACAGUGUAACUACUCGAGUCCAGACCCCCAGCUGCUGCUGAGACAUGUCCGCAGACGGCACCUGGCAACUGACGUUGCAGCUGAUCAGACGCUCUGAUUGGACUGUUAGUUUAUGGCUUGGAGUACAGAACAUACAUUUACUCAGUGAUGUCAUCGAACAUGCUGCUGAUAUCACAAAGUUUUCCUGAAUGCUUUUAUUUUUUGCUGAUUGGAAUUUUAAAAGAAAAUAAAACAUAAAAAGUGA